UUCUUUCCCUCGUCCUCCGCAUCUCUUCUCCUGCCAUAAGCUGCCACAUCAGACGCCGCGGCAACUUCUCUAUCAUCAUCAUCACUUGUUAAACAUGUCCGGUGAAUUCGAAGCCGCCAGUGCCGAAGGCCUCAUGCGAGGAAUGGGAUCAUGGGCCGAAGCAGCACUAGGUGUAUGGGUCGAGACAGCUCCCGGCAUUACAGUCGGGCCCGUGAUCAUCCCCAUCGCCCUUAUAUCUUCCCGGGCAAUGCUCAACCCCGAAACAAGCACGGAGGGGCUUCCGGUGUAUUGCCCUGCUGGGUCCCCGGCUCGGGCGUACUGCAGACUCGGAUAUGGUUGGGGUAACAACUGGCACUGGCUUUAAGCGGCCGAUGACGUUCAUGUCAACGGAGUCGGCACGGUCACGUUUGGG